ACAAAAGAAGCCGUCAGUAAAUAUAUGUUUGAUGCAGUAAUUCAAAUUCAGGCUGGACAGGACGUCCUGAGCGGUGGCUCCUCCGGGGCAGCAGGGGGCAGCAGGGGGCAGCACCGAGCCCUGCAGGUCACACUGCCGCAGAAGAAGAAGCACAAGUAUAAGAAGAAGAAGAGCCUGCGGACGUAAACAUGGAGUGACUGUCCAACAGCGCGAGUCCAACAUGGAGAGCCCGGAACUCUCCUUCACUUUAGCCUACGUGGCCUUGUCGGUCUGCUUCGUCUUCACACCCAACGAGUUCCGCUCGGCCGGGUUAACCGUCCAGAACCUGUUCCAGUCCUGGCUGGGCAGCGAGGACGUGGGCUUCAUCCAGUACCACGUCCGCAGGACCAGCGUGACCCUGCUGGUCCACUCCGCUCUGCCUUUAGGAUACUACCUGGGGAUGAGCCUGGCUGCUCCGGAGAAGGAGCUGCUGUCUGUCCUCCAGGUGGACGGUGUGUGGAGAGCCUUCCUCCUGCUGUCCCUCUGCCUGCACCUGUCCAGCUGGAUGCUCGUCCUCUACUGGUCCCUCAGCAGCUGGUCCAACCACCCCAUCAGCCGGGCGCUCCGGGCUCACGUGCGGCCCGCCCUCCCCGGCUGGGGCGCCGUGGCGACCAGCAUCAACACCGAGUUCCGACGCAUCGAUAAGUUCGCCACGGGGCCGCCGGCGGCUCGGGUGAUCGUGACCGACGGCUGGGUGCUGAAGGUGUCCACCUACCACAUCCACCUGGCCCUGCAGAGCGAGUGUCAUGUGACCGUCACGCAGUCCCGGCAGCACCAGUUCAGUCCAGACCUGGCCUCUCCGACCGAGAUCCUGACCCUGAGGGUGGAGAGCAUCAACCCCAGCGUCGGAGGCUUCAGUAUCAGUGUGAACUCCUCGGAGUACGCGGACCUCCGGGACAAACUCCGGGCUCCGAUCCGGAACUCGGCCAACGUGGUGAUCCACCAGACCAUGAGUGAGCUGUUCCUGGAGACGUUCAGAGCUCAGAUAGACCUCAACCCUCCGUACAGAGUCCCCGGCGGACAGGAGAUGGAGUCCUGCAUCGGCUGCAUGCAGACGCCGGCCAACACCAAGCUGCUCCGCCUGUGCACGGCGGCAGACUCGGAGGACUCGGAGUGUGAGCAGUGCUUCUGCAGACCCAUGUGGUGUCUGUCCUGUCUGGGCCGCUGGUUCGCCAGUCGUCAGGACCAGCAGAGACCGGAGACCUGGCUGUCCAGCAGGGUCCCCUGUCCCACCUGCAGAGCCAAGUUCUGUGUGCUGGACAUCUGCCCCGUCAGAUGAGCCGCCUCAGUCUCUUACCGUUUCUCUUCAGAAUGUCGGAGUGUUUUUCUGCAGCAGCUUUGCACGAUGAGCAGGAGGCCAGAGCGAGAUGCUUCUGCUGGGGCGGGGGGACGGGGACGGUCUUCUGUCAGUCCAUCAACCAGAUAAUUGAGGGAUAGUGUGGGUUUGGCUGCAGGUGCAGGGUGCUUUGAGUUUUCUUGGGGGGGAAAAGGUCCGCAUGCAGCCUGUGGACCGAAACCAGAUGACUCCUCCAUCCAGAGGGAGUUCUAGACUAAACCAUCGGUGACACGGCCGGUUCCUGGAGGCCGGUUCCGGCAGCUGGAGCUGCGCUGUCGUCACACGAUGGUGAGUUUGUGACGAGCAGAAGAAGGAGCUGCUGUUCUGAGAUCUGCGGGAAACGGGGAACCAGAGGCUUCACGCUCCCAGUUUAAGGAUGCCAUGUUUUCUAAAAAGUGCAAUAAAAGCGAGUCUUUU